AUGGAGAACGCUUACCACAAACUAGACGAGAGGACGCUUCAAGCUUUACAAGACAUAGCCACUAAACUACGGAUUCACAGCAUAGAAUCUACGAAUGCAGCUGGUUCAGGGUAUGUAUUUAAUUAAAACAUGUGUAUAGUGGAACCUCGACUUAACGACCCUCAAAGUACCUAUCUGGUACUUAUCUGAAUAUUAACGAAGUUUUCGGUAUAACAAACGGUAGUAUUCUUCGCGCCAGUAAAAGUCAAAUAUAUGUAGAAAGCCCCUCGAUAAUUAUAAAACGAAAGCUCGUCAUAGUAAACGUAUUUUGCCAGUUCCUUGGCCCUUAGUUAUACCGAGCUUCUACUGUAGAACAUUUGCCCAAUCAAAUUCAACAUCGCAAGCGUGCUUCAUACUCCCAUUGAGCACGUCGUGUUGCUAUGGCGCGUGAAAAUCAUUUCUGGCAAGUUUUUCGCUCAAAAAUGUUUUUUUGGUGCGUUGAUAGUUUUCCAUGUCAAUAUGGAUUCUUUUUGAAUGUUAUCUAAUCUUAAGCGACUUCUCAUGUAAACUUUCGCUAUGGAAAUUUCGACUAAGGAGCGACUUCGUUUCAACCGCAUUUACGACGACCAUUGUUAAGUUCGAUGUCUGAAUCAACCGUCGAACUAGUGUCAUUAGACAUGGGCACUUAACGACGAUUUCCUCUUAAAUGUAUUGAAAACACUUUUUAAGCUGCCCAGGGUAUUUUUAGAUCAUAACAAAUGUAUUCUAAGCGGCGCUCAUAAGGCCCAGUUCAGACGUCGUGCUUCUGCCGUGCCGAACUAAAUUCAGGAAUUAAGUUCGACAAAAGCACGGCGUCUGAAUCAAACUUUUGAAUUAAGUUCGGCAAGCAAUUAAGUUCGACAAGCGCUGCCGUGCUAUACGGCUCCGGCACGGCAGCGAUUCAAACGUCGUGCUUCUGCCGCGCUAAACAAAAUUCAUAAAUUAUAUUAAUGUAUUUUGGCGAGAUUGCGUUCCCACGGGGAGUUGGGAGAAGAAUUGUUACCGAGGCAUCAGUAAAUCCUGAAUUUGGUUCGACUCUGGCACGGCGUCUGAAUCAAAGUUGUCUUCCUGCCGUGCCACAGUCGAACCAAAUUACAAUUAAGUUUGGCACGGCAGAAGCACGACGUCUGAACUGGGCCUAAGUGUCUGUUCGAUCAUCUUAGGGCAACUUGAAUCUCUACAAACUACAAGGGCUUCAGUAUUAUUUUCCCGAAAAUUUUAGAUGCAAUUUAAAGUUUUAUGAAAGUAAUUUUUUUUCUUUUUCCGCUCUUUAUCGCACUUUGGAAUCGGUCAUUGUAAAACGCAGACUGCGGAUUAUUGUUUUAACAUAACCUUGCAAAUGAGAACUUGACAACAACAGCCCCAUUGUUUCUAAACCCUAAAAACAAUUGUCCGCAGUCAGUCCGUCGUCUUCAUUUUACACUGCUCCUUUUGGAAUCCGAAUAUUUUGCGUUUCCUUUUUCUACGAAAAAUGGCUUAUAUAACUCGGGGAGUGAAAAGCAAAACUUCAGAAAACCCUAGGGAAUUUAUUGGAUAAGCUUCGAAAAUUGUACAUCAUCAUUGAACGGUCAUCUCUAGAAAUUUUUAGCCACCCUCAUAGAAAAUUCUAGUCAAUAUUUGUUUCUCCGAACAGAUAUCUUAGAGAAAACAGACCAAACUAUAGCUCUUUACACAGAAGUCUCCUUUUGGUUUCGAAGUUUAAGUGCGCGAUCCCUAUAGAAAAUAUGCGGGAAUUUAGAUCAGAUGGUGCUUGGAACGUUUCUUUUUGCGCGCAGUUUGCAUACAGGCUUACGAAGUGGCCAAAGUGGCCGGGCCAAGGAACCAUUGGCCAGACCAGGGACCUUCAAACGAAGCAGUCAUUUCUUAUGAUGCAGGAAUUUCGGCAAAGCUCAGAAGCUGUCGGUUUGUCACAAGUUAGUUAAAUGUUACGGAAACCUACAGGACAAAUUUCAGCUCACUUCUCUUCUACUAACUGAGAAAUACUGAGCCGCUUACGAUACUACAUCAAGUUGCUGGAGUUGCUCUUGGCUACCCCUUGAGGACCUCUUAGGCUUCUGUCGUGCUCUUUAAACUUCCCGCGUGCUUCAUAUCUGGACAUAUGCACCCUGAAUCAUGAAUCAGUUGUUACAUCUGCUUUAUUAAGUUAAAAUCAUUGCAUUCUAAAGACUUGAGUUCAUUUUGCAGGCAUCCAACUUCGUGUUGCUCUAUUGCGGAAAUCUUGUCAGUUUUAUUUUUUCACACCAUGCGCUAUAAAGGUGAGAUGAAAUCAUAAAUAUUCUUACUGAAUGCAUGACGUGAAAACUUCACGAUUUCUCCUCACGCUCUCUGUAAAAACUAACCAAAGAAGUUAACCCCGCGCCUAGCACGCAAGCUAGCGUCCCAACGUCCCCGUCCUCAUGUUCCAGUCCUAUUUUUAAGCUGGAUCUAUGCGUGUCAGGUAUCUUCUAUUUUUGACCACACCAUACUACUGUACCUUUCCCUAUUGGGGCCUCUAAAGUCUUAGCCUCCCCGCAGACGUCCUUUGGGGUUCGUGACAAACGAACCCCAAAGGACAUCUGCGGGGAGGCUACUAAAGUCUCAGUGAGUACAAAAGGACAGUGGUUUUAAUUCAUUAAUUGAGGCUUUGGGGGAGCUUGAUCUGUUGUUGGAUUGAAUUCAGUGUUGAAUGUCAAACAUAGAACAAUUUCAAUCUACGUCAGCAGUCGAUUGAUUUGGCGGUACACUUCUAAUUCUUCUGUGUAAAGAGUGACCCAUGUUUUCUUAUUCAGGAAAAGCUUAGCCCGUUCCAGGCUCUCAGAUAAUAGGAAUGACGCGUAAGUGAAAGACACGCGAAUAUAUGAGCACGUGAUCUGGGAAAAGGGGCGUGGCGGGAAAAAUGGAAGUGAGACAACCUUCCUCUCCCCAGUUUCUUCCCGUAUUAUUUUCCUGUUCGUGCUUCCUAAAUUCCGUGGACUCGACUAUCUCGGAGCCUGGAACAUGGCUAGGGAAAGGUUGAAUAAUAGACUCACUGUUUCGAUGUUUUCCUUCUAGUUUCUGAACCUAGAGAUCUUUCAAGUGACCGAUUCGUUUUAUCAAAGGUAAGUUAAUUUUGCGAAUAGAGUUAAUAAUUUUUUUGGAAAAGCAUAAUUUUCUAAAGAAUGGAGCGUCAUUACAACUAAACCUUUUAGUACUGAAAUAUGAAAUUUUAGGAGACCUCUUACACCUAGACAGCCUCCCACGCAGACGUUCUUAGGGGUUCGUCACGCGUUCCUGCCCCACGCAGGAACGCGUGACGAACCUCUAAGAACGUCUGCGUGGGAGGCUAACACCUAGGAGGAGGAGGCAGAACCAUAUAAGGCGGAAACUUGAUUUAAGGUGGCUCGAAACAAAAAUUCGUCGAUAGAUUUUCUUUAAAAAAUUUCAGUGCUGCAAUUGAUCAGUAUACUAUAAAAUCGCUGAAUUUCGUGUCCAUUGAAAACUUUUUAAGUUGUCUAACGUCGGCGCAAAAUUGAGUAACUAUUGAAGCGAUGCCAUAGUUUUUGCUCUGGGAUUUUCUAUUGUCUCAAGUUUAGAACGACAUCGAUCAAAUACCCAUGCAGUAAGGCGUUCCAAUUUUCUGCAUCGAUAAAGAAUACGCGGGAAUUUACCGCGCCUGGUUGCCCUCCCUAAUCUAUUCGCUAUUGUCAGUUUUCACCCUUUCUACAGCAUCCAAAUCGCAGAAAGAUUUCAGAGGGAAACCAGGCACGGUAAAUUCUACAUUAGACAACUCGAAAUUCGGGGAUUUGAUAGUACACUGAUCAAUUGCAGCACUGAAUUUUUUUAAAGAAAAUCUAUCGACGAAUUUUGGUUCAAUUAAUCGCUGUUUUCGUGAAAGUAGCCUUGGAAAUUAGAGAGCCUCAGCAUUGCGUUUUACUGAUUCACAUGUUUUCAUGUUUUUUCGAAAUCGCGCAAGUCUACUUGCGUUUAGCUGGUUGUAGAGUGUACAAAGGUCAUUUGCAAAACGAAUCAGUGAUAAAAACUUUUCGGAAGCAUCCAGUAAGUAGCAAAUUUGUCUGCAUCAAGUCCAGCCUUCAAUUCAGGCACAAUUUAUAAACUUUUUGUAGAAAUUCAAAGAUAUCUCGAAAUUCCUCUUAUAGAUUCAUUUUUGUGAAACUUCGCACAACCGAAGGCAGGCACUCAAAGUAUACGUACCGUAAAGCAUUUCCAAAGAAAAUGCCGUUCAGGGCAGAAAUUCGAUUUAGAGCUAAAACUACUGUGACGUCAUUGUCACGUGAUAUUUAUUCUGAUUGCACAAAAAAUAAUAUCAUACUAAAGUUCAGUCUAUGUGUAAUACAUGUGUUAUAAUGUUUUUACAUUAAAGAUAAAUUUUUUUAAGUAUAAGAGAUUCAAAGAUGGAAGGUGUACCUACAAAAAUACUGGGUCGUGCCAGGAGCCGAUUACUUACUUACUCGGCUCCUGGUCGAGCCACUUUAAAAAGGGAAAGGGGGGCUAUGAUAGUAGUGGUGGUGGAGGUGGUGGUGGUAAUAAUGAUGAUGAUGUUGUUGAUGGUGGUGGUGGUAGAGGUAAUGAAUUCUAUAGAUGGUGAUGGUGAUGAAGAUGUUGUGAUUAUGAUGAUGUUGAUACUUCUGUUUCAGGGACAUGCCGCCCCGAUUCUGUAUGCUGCAUGGGCAGAAGCUGGUUUGUUUCCAGUCUCAGAACUUGCAAAAUUGCGAUCAAUCGACUCUGAUCUUGAAGGUCACCCCACCCCUGUAAGUACCUUGCCUUUGCUUAUUAUUUAGUGAGGCUGUGAUCGCAUGGCGAAUUCUCGACAGGCUGAAAAAAAAAAUGCGAUCGAAUAUUUCGUUCACACGGAACCGUUUAAUAUUUUCGCUCUAUUCACACGGAACUGGCGAGGUUAAGUUUAAAAUUUUUUCAGUCAGUGGUUUCACCAUCUGGUCAUGCGCAGAGCGUUACUUUGACAAAUCCAAAAUGGUGUUAUGUAGUGCGUUUUUCACCACAAUAAUUCUCUUUUCUGAAAUUGUUGAACACCUUCUGAACUCGAUCGUAUCUCAUACUUAAGUUCAAUUUUCCGAUUUUAUAAGACUUAUAUUAAAUAGCGGGCCUACGGGCUUCUAGGAUGGCUACGCCCCUGGUAUGGGAUCUAAAGAAUACGUCUUGCGAAGUUAAUUUUCACAUAUUACUAUCAGCUUUUCAGAUUUCAAUGUGUCUAUCAUGUAUGUUACCGUUUUGUUGUUUCAUAGCGACUGAGCUUCAUCGACUUCGCCACAGGCUCACUGGGUCAAGGUCUGAGUUGCGCAUGCGGGAUGGCCUACAUUGGAAAGUACUUCGACAAAGCAAGGUGAAACAUGUGAUCUGUAAUCGUAUCCUCACCCUACCUCCACGUUUUCUAAGCCGGGUAGGGAGGUUAUGGCUACAAGUUGGCUAACAACAGUGUUUUUUUUUUUUAAAAGCCGAAUCUCAUAUAAGAAGUAUAAAUUUACAGUGAAACCCCUAUUAAGCGGACCCCCAAUUAAGCGGACACCCUCUAUUAAGCGGACACUAAGCCGGGUCCCGAAACGAACGUCUGAUAUUUCCCUUUAUAACGAACCCCUAUUCAGCGGACACCUCUAUUAAGCAGACGCAGACACUAAAAUAAGUUGUAUUUUGCUAAUUUCUAUUGUUAAAAACCUCUAUUAAGCGGACACCGACUAAAUUGACAAUAGUAGUAUUGGAUUACGUCCUUGAAAUACGUACUGAAGUCAUAAUGUUUUUGGAUUUACAAACAAAUUAAAGUUGGUAAUGAAAGGUAAUGAACUUGAAGUCUGGAUGGCUUCUUUAACAACAUGCAAUUUUAUCACAGUACCUUAAGCGGACACCCUCUAUUAAGCGGACACUUAGGAAGGUCCCAAAGGUGUCCGCUUAAUAGAGGUUUCACUGUAUAUGGCAAUUAAAUUAUAGUCCCCUUUUUACUAAGCUACAUAAACGUACUGUAUUUUACAAUAACCGGCUUACAAUCUCUCGCGCACAGAAUGACGUGGUGUGAAAGCAUAGACAAGGAGACCAUGGGAUUAAAGGGAUGAUGACUCAAAUCGAUUUUCUCCGUACUGAAGGCGAUUUUCAAGAAAAUCUACAAGAAAUGAACGUUAAAAAUGUCAAGUAAAAAAUCAAAAUAUCAUAUUUAACAAAUAGACAACAAUUUUCCAUGGUCUCCUCUGUGGUAUACUCCGAACUUAGUAGUAAAUCUUGAGUUUUAAAGAUUUUGACCAGACGUCAUUUCUAAGGGUUAUAGGAGGACGGGUAAAGGCGCAUAAGAGCCAAAGGCCCAAACGGCCGGAGCUUAUACCGUUUUCCUUAGCUUGAAGCAUGCCUAGGAGUAUUGCUACCAUCCCCUCCCCAGGACGGGAUGCUAGCCCAUCGAAGGGUUACCCCUCAGCAGUAUGUCGCCGGUAUCCAUGUAUACACCUCGCCCAGUUGUUGUCAGUUAAAAGCAGGAUAACGCUAUCCACCGGACAAAUAACUCUCCAGCGGAUAACGUAAUUGUUUUUCGUAAUACUGGAUAGUGAUUUAUCCAGUGGAGAGUGCUAUCCAUAGUUUGAACAACCUGGGCCUGGUUGAAGAGAGACAAAGUAGAGUAAUGUUUCUUGUCUAAUGAAACAACGUGACGGGCGACCGAGGCUUGAACCCCGAAUCUCCAGAUCCGCACUUCGAGGUGUUAACCGCUCGGCCACACACGCCUCCACUAUAGGAGCAUAGACUAUUGAAAGCUGAUGUCUACUAGUAAGUAUAUUAUGAGCCACUGCCUUAACCAAACGACCAAAGUCCUUCAUUACGAUAAAGCGCUGAGUUUUUCAGGGUUGUUUUUCAGUUAUCGCGUGUUCUGCCUCGUUGGUGACGCGGAAUCGUCCGAGGGUUCUAUCUGGGAAGCCAUGAACUUUGCAAGUUAUUACAAGCUUGACAACCUGUGCGCCAUCUUUGAUGUUAAUCGUCUUGGACAGAGUGACCCCACAAUGUUUGAACAUGAUUUCGAUGCUUACAAGAGAAGGACGGAGGCUUUUGGGUGAGUAAACGUAGAAGUUAGACGGCACCAGACUGAAGACGUUCGUGCCAAAAAUCCUGUGAUACGUAAUCGUCACGUCAUCAGUGAAGUUCCAGGCCCCCUAUCUCUCUACAUUGCUCUGCAAAAGAUCUGAAGGGGACAGUCUGGGGCAGUCUGGUUGUUGUUGUUUUUUUGAGAAAUGAUGUUGAUUUGGGAAAGGAAUAAAUUAGAGAAGGUAUACACAUAAACCAGUUAGUCCGCUAAUCACGUUAGUGACGUUUUUGUACCCGUCCUCGUUCUCGUUGCUUAAGCUUCCUAUUGGCCAAGUUCUUUUUUGCGUUUCACUUUUAUUGUCCGAGACGAAGUCGAGGUCAAUAAAAAUGUAGGAAGAACGAGGUCAGUAUACAGCCAUCUUGAUCGAACGAGUUUGGUCAAUAAAGGAUUUAUUGUAUGGCAAAAAGAGGACGUUUUCUUGCAGGACCAACGCGGGAAAUCCCGAGAGGCCCAUGUUCCACGCUCAAGUAGCCAAUCAGAAAGUAGGAUUCACUUCAUCAUGCCCACCCACAUCCUCGGAGACCCAGGGAGGUCUGUCGGGUCGGGAUAAACGGCGGCGAAAGUUUUAAAGAACGGGCGAGAGAGCCCCUAGGAUGCUGCUCUUCAUAAAAUAACAAACCAGUUCCACGACUCAUUCGAAUGCUUGUCUCUGAUUGGAGGCCAGCAUCUAUCGCGCUGCUUUCAUGAUCUUCUUAUAAGAAGGGGUUUACCUGCAAACACCACUGUUCGCCGUGCACCUGUCUGGCUCUCGCGAAGAGUUUUCAGUGAGCGAGACAGGUACGGCGAACAGUCGAGUUUGCAGGUAAACUCUUCGCAUAAGAAGAUCACGAAAGCAGCGCGAUAGAUGUUGGCCUCCGAUUGGGUACAAAAAUAUUUUUUAUGCCCAAUCAGGGACAAGCAUUUGACUAAGUGGUGGAACUGGUUCGUUAAGAAUAGUAUCCUAAGGGCUCUCCCGACCGUUCUUGAAACCUUUCGCCGCCGUUUAUCCCGACCCGUCAAACCGCCCCUGGGUCUCAAAGGAUGUCCCACACACAGACUUAGCAAUGUAAUAAAACACAGUCUCUACUGCUUUAUUGCGUCCAUGCGGACGAUGUUGUGGAAUAACAAAGUUGAACUAUACUUCUCAAAUGUAUAAAUGAUAUUUUUUCCAGCUGGAACAGCCUUGUGAUCGAUGGUCAUGAUGUUGAAGCUGUGUGCAAAGCAUUUUAUGAGGCCAAAACAACAAAGAAUCGUCCAACAGCCAUUCUAGCUAAGACGUUCAAAGGAAGAGGUGUACCAGGUAUAUAGCGUUGUUUAAAAUGCCUAAGAUGACCUUUUCCAUUUGAAAUCAGGGAGAGAACGGGGUGAAAAGGCCGUGCCUAUAUGGAUAGAAGAUAUGUUUUAGAAUUGUAUUUUUAUUCCACACAAUAAAAAUGAAUACAUCGUAAUAAACAGCACCACAGGAAAUUACUGCUCAGAAGCUUUCAUUUGAAUGGUUACACUUAAGGAUUUCAUCCAUAGACUCAAAAGUUAGAGCCACCUUUUACUGCAUAUUAAACAGUACCACAGGAAAGUAUUGCUCAGUAGCUUUUAUUUGAAUGGUCAAACUUCAGGAUUUCAUCAGUAGAGUCAAAAGUUAGAACCACCUUGUACAGCAUAAUAAACAGUACUACAGGAAAGUACUGCUCAGUAGCUUUUAUUUGAAUGGUCACACUUUAGGAUUUCAUCCACAGACUCAAAAGUUAGAACUACCUUGUACAGCAUAAUAAACAGUACCACAGGAAAGUACUACUCAUCAGCUUUUAUUUGAAUGGUUGCACUUGAGGAUUUCAUCACAGACUCAAAAGUUAGAACCACCUUGUACAACAUAAUAAACAGUACCACAGGAAAGUACUGCUCAGUAGCUUUCAUUUGAAGAACAGCUUUAAGGUUCAUUCCGCAAACUCACGAGAACAGCCUUGUGCAGUAGAAUAAAUAGGAAAGUGUGUUUGACAGCUAUCGUUUGGUUUACUUAGCAUCUCAGAGCAGUUAUCACAAAACUAUUACAAUUUUUGUGUAUCCGUGACUGAAAAAUAUCCUUUGGCUUUUUCAAAAAACCUUUUACUUUUUUCCCCAUAUUUUAGGAGUAGAAAAUUUGGAUAACUUUCAUGGGAAGGCUCUUGGUGACAAAGGCCGGGCAGCUGUGGAGAUAUUGAAGAAGACGAUCACGUCUAAUGGACCCAAUAGCCUGGGACCUCAACCCGUCAUUGAUGAUAGCGUGACAACCAUUGAUCUCUCCGAUGUCAAACUGUCCUCACCACCUAGUUACACUGUUGGAGAAAAGGUACGCAGGCUUAAAUGGACCGUUUAUUGCCGCAUGCAGUCAGCUUUGACCGAUGAUAUGUCAAACAAUCAAGCUAAAUACGCUUGAGUUAUAUUAGGUAGGUAAGGCGAAGGACAGCGAUGGAGCAAAAGCGUUUUGACCUUUGAUCAGCUGUCGCCCACACUCCGUAACCUUUGGUUAGUUUGUAGACAAUUUACUUCUCAUUUAUUAGGUAGCUUAAGUCACAAGGAGAACGACGGCAAGGAGAACGGCUAAAAAGCAAUUUGCACGUGCAUCACGUCUUUUUGUACAUUUCUUUGCCGUCGUUGCUCGACCACGACGUGAAAAUGCCUAAUUUCAGGUUUUGUUGAGGACGUGAACAGAAGAAAACGAUUUUCUAAUUAGAUAGAGUCCUUUAGAAUUCGACUCCAGAAAAAAUCACCAACAUUUGACAAAUUGAAAGAAAAACUGAAUAACAGCGAUGAAUUUUGAAACAGCGCGAAUUCACUUUUAAAGAGACGUCGAGUCGUCGUUGCUGAAGCUUCCUAUUUUCUCUGUUUAGGUUGCUGUUCGUCAGGCGUAUGCCAAAGCUCUCAUCAAGCUCGGUAACACGUGCGACCGCGUGAUAGCUCUAGACGGAGACAUGAAGAACUCCACCUUCUCUCUGGAAUACAGAAAGGCAUUCCCUGAACGGCAUAUUGAAUGCUUUGUGGCCGAGCAGAAUAUGGUGGGUGUGGCCUUGGGAUGCGCCGCGCGAGGUCGUGCCAUCACUUUCUCCAGUACAUUUGCUGCAUUCUUUACCCGCACUUUCGACCAACUGCGCAUGGCAGCUGUGUCCCAGUCCUCUGCAAACUUCUGUGGCUCUCACCCCGGUGUCUCUAUUGGUAAGUUGUUUCUGAUUCCGUGAAACUCUUCCCUGCCUGCUUCAAUAGAGAGCUUAGAUUCGAAGAAGAGGACGACAACGAGAACGAGAUUUUCGCAAUACUAAGUAGUGCACGCGGGCAAACCGACGUCAUUUUGGCGGGAAUAUGUGGCAGCCGUCGCCAUACUACUAUGUGUGUUAGCGAAAAUGCCGUAGUGGCGAAAACAAGUUAUCAAAUCUUAGGAAUUUUAUCAUUUAGCGAUCGGUAGAGGGCUUUAUCUCCUUCAACGGAAUUAAGCGUACUAACUUUUGUGGUGAAAAAGAGUACGAUGAAGCUUUCCGUGGUGUCUUUUUUCCGAGAAUAGGCAAGAAAACUUAAAAUAAACUGUCGUUAUCGUAGUCGUCCUUGUAUGUAAAUCUCUCCAUUAAGUCUUUUUGUUGUACCAUAAUGUGUCCAGUGUUCGCCUGCGCCCAGAGGUCUCUUAUUUCCUUUUCUUGAGAAAACAUCUGUCCGCAGGUCAUUGGCCGCUAGUCUCCUAAGUUGCCGAUCUCUGUAUAGAGCAAUUGAUGCUUGAGGAGCGUUGCCGAAGCGUUAGCGUCGACAUAAAGAAUGAAUUCUUAGGAGAAAAAUGAACAACUGCAUGCAAAGGAUCCCAAACGAAUAUGCGACAUGCAGAGCGUAGUAUUAGCGAAAAAUGUACCAAGAAACACUGAAAUGAUCUGCAAAGCUGAUCGUACUACGCAAAAAUCAACUUUGCAAAACAAACACGACACCGAUAGAACCCAAACAUAGCGGUGCUGAAGCCGCUGACAGUGUGGCUCUUAGGAGACUAGCCAUUAGCCAUUACAGGGCUCCAUUUUAACUAGCUCGGCUAAAUUGGAUGCUCCUGGAUAAAUAUUGAUUUAAAUAAAUAAAUAAAAUAGCUGGUUCCAGGAGGGAAAGCCGAGGAGGCCAUUUCUGUGGUUAUAAUCGAAAGUAGUUCUAGAAUGAAACAAAAAUCAGUGAACGAACGCAUAAACCCCUUCACGAAAUAAGGCGGUAGUAUAAGGAGUAAAUUCAACACGAGGCUUUUCGUAGUACAAUAAAAUUCAAGAAAACUGAGAAGUUACUUCUGACUCGGAUUAUAUGUCAGAAUUGUAGUUUACAAUAUUCAUUCACAACUACGCUCCUCCUAAGACGUGCACACCAUAAGCUUCAUACGUGACACUAGCGCUCUGUUCCGUAUGGCAAAAUUUUAAUUUUUGCUUAUUCAGAUGAAAGCAGUAAGACUUGCGUAUGAAAUGAAAAUCGAAGUAACUUCUUUUUGUUCUGUAGCGUUCGCAUUAGCUUUUCUCUCUUUUUUUAUGUAUUUUUCUAGGUGUGGACGGGCCUUCCCAGAUGGCUUUAGAAGACAUCGCUAUGUUCCGUUCCAUUCCGAACUGUGUGGUGUUUUAUCCAAGUGAUGCUGUCUCGGGUGAACGCGCUGUUGAACUCGCGGCUAACUACAAGUACAUGACCUUUAUCCGAUCCACUCGAGGUCCGACCCCUGUCAUCUACAAUAAUGACGAAGUAUUUGAAAUUGGAAAAGCUAAGGUAACUUAAAAUUAGGAAUAGUGUUAUCUGCGCAUAUUUUGUGGUUCGAUUUUAGGCUCAUCCUUGGUGCCAGAACCUUUAAGCUUCUCGAGUUAGAAGGACAAAGAGAGCAAUAGAUGAGCGGCCAAAUUUGGCCAAUUUUAGACAGUGAGANGUAGUACAAUAAAAUUCAAGAAAACUGAGAAGUUACUUCUGACUCGGAUUAUAUGUCAGAAUUGUAGUUUACAAUAUUCAUUCACAACUACGCUCCUCCUAAGACGUGCACACCAUAAGCUUCAUACGUGACACUAGCGCUCUGUUCCGUAUGGCAAAAUUUUAAUUUUUGCUUAUUCAGAUGAAAGCAGUAAGACUUGCGUAUGAAAUGAAAAUCGAAGUAACUUCUUUUUGUUCUGUAGCGUUCGCAUUAGCUUUUCUCUCUUUUUUUAUGUAUUUUUCUAGGUGUGGACGGGCCUUCCCAGAUGGCUUUAGAAGACAUCGCUAUGUUCCGUUCCAUUCCGAACUGUGUGGUGUUUUAUCCAAGUGAUGCUGUCUCGGGUGAACGCGCUGUUGAACUCGCGGCUAACUACAAGUACAUGACCUUUAUCCGAUCCACUCGAGGUCCGACCCCUGUCAUCUACAAUAAUGACGAAGUAUUUGAAAUUGGAAAAGCUAAGGUAACUUAAAAUUAGGAAUAGUGUUAUCUGCGCAUAUUUUGUGGUUCGAUUUUAGGCUCAUCCUUGGUGCCAGAACCUUUAAGCUUCUCGAGCUAGAAGGACAAAGAGAGCAAUAGAUGAGCGGCCAAAUUUGGCCAAUUUUAGACAGUGAGACCUGGUCACCCAACUUAGCGUAGCCGUACACAGUGAAGGCAGGGAUCAAUUAAGGUUUUUGGGUAACUGACCACCUGACCCCUCCCCAAAAUCAACAUUAGCACUUACUUCUCACUUAGGGCAAAAUUGUGACUUAAGGGAUGGGUAGGUAGUCAGUAACCGAGAAACCUCAAGUGAUCCGGGGGCACAUGCGCGCAGUAACGAAAGCAAAAAAAUUCUCCUCUCGCGUCUCUCGCACCUUGCAGUUCGCAGUUCGCCGGCACUCUCUUCCCUUACCCCUGUAAGCUUGCGAAGGCGACUUGUCAGAAAAUUGUCAGCCUGAUGGUUUUCCAAAAUUCUUCUUUUUUGUCCGUUUGAAAUUUAUUUUUGUCACGAAGCUGUCCUUUUUUUCAUUUACUACGCAAACGUCCAAAGCUAUAGAGGGUCGGGAGGGCGGAAAAAGUGAAAAGCAAAGGAGUGUGAUUGGGAAAAGAGGAAAAGAGUUCCUACCCCUCCCUCUCUUUUUCCUGUUAGGUUAUUCUCCCCCUCCCACUCCCCCUAAAAACAAAAUGCACUGGACUGCAGUGGGAAAGCGAUCCCUCUAGAUCUAAACUCAAUCUGUUCGAGUUCCAUAAGCUGACAAGUCAGAAAAAUCUCAGAUAUAAUGAUAUUUUAUAUAAGCAAACCUCGUAACUUUUUAGUUAGUUACGAGUGCCCAGUUCCUGAAAGGCCUGUUAGCGCUAAUCCUGGAUUAAAAUUUUGUUCUGGUUUUGUAUUUUACCUUCCUAUGUACUGCUUAGAGUAAAAUUUUGUGUUAUCAUUACUGUAUCUCAGAGUAAAGAGUCAACAGUAUUUUGUAAGCUCAAGUUGCAAGUUCAAAGGCAAGAAAACCUUUCUUUAAAAUUGGCUUAAUCCUGCGUUAAACUUAACCAUCUCUCGAAGAACCGGGCCCGUUUUUUUAUGUGAAACUAUUUUUUCUUUGUAGAUCGUUCGUGAAACUGCCAAAGAUUCAGUGCUUGUUGUUGGAGCGGGAGCCACAUUGGACGAAGCCUUGAAAGCUGCUGACGAGCUUGCUAAAGAAAAUAUUAACAUCCGUAUCUUGGAUCCUUUCACUAUAAAGCCAAUCGACAAGGAAGCCAUUGUUCAGAAUGCCAAGGCUGUGGGUGGCAAAAUACUGACCGUGGAGGACCAUUAUCUUGAAGGUACUUACUAUACAUCCUAGUUAGACAGAAUUUCUUUCAGUCCCAGCUAAACGGCCAAACUUUUUUGUCCAACAUUGUUUCGGAAGCCGGAGCAUGUUUCGCCGUUUAGCGACUUUAGAUGCGUCUUUCAUUAGUGGCUUUCGAUGUUGGAUCUAUAUCAGACUUUUUCAUCCAACAUUUUGCAUUACAAAAAAAUACUUAAUCGUUUAGCCACCCCAAGUUGUUCAUGACUAAUAGAAUGUUGGAUGAAAACAGUUGAUCGCUUAGCCGGGACCUCACAGUGACUUAAAAUUACUUUAAAAGCCAAUUCAGAACUCAGCGCAAAUUUGUGCGCUUCGAUUUUGCUCUGCUUCAUCACGUGAUUUGCUGACCAAUCGGAAGUUCAAUCUGACUCAUUCUCGUCCCCAGAGCCCGUCGUUUCUUGGUUACGUGGUCGGUUACAAAUUAAGCCGCGAGUGGCUCUGGGGACGAGAAUGAAUCUGACUCGGUCACAUUAUAGUCAUAUGCGUUUUUCCGCGCAUUUUUUUGGCUUCAUGCAUUUUUUUUCUUGUUUUGAUUUUUUGUAUUGUGUUGACUAGAGUAGACGCCCUGGCUCUGAUUUAAAGCUAAAAACAAGUUGACAUAAAAGGAAAAGGUUUUCCUGCGUUGUUGUUUUCAUUUCCAAUAAAUCCAGACCGAUGGUUUAUUUCAGAUAAAUCUAUUUAGCAAAGUUUUCGUUCGCGUUGCUGGGUGACCUAGGUUGAAAAAUUAAAGAGAUUAUCCGUGACUAUAAGAACCUGGUUUUCAAGAACCAGUUCGGCUAAAANUGAAAGCUGCUGACGAGCUUGCUAAAGAAAAUAUUAACAUCCGUAUCUUGGAUCCUUUCACUAUAAAGCCAAUCGACAAGGAAGCCAUUGUUCAGAAUGCCAAGGCUGUGGGUGGCAAAAUACUGACCGUGGAGGACCAUUAUCUUGAAGGUACUUACUAUACAUCCUAGUUAGACAGAAUUUCUUUCAGUCCCAGCUAAACGGCCAAACUUUUUUGUCCAACAUUGUUUCGGAAGCCGGAGCAUGUUUCGCCGUUUAGCGACUUUAGAUGCGUCUUUCAUUAGUGGCUUUCGAUGUUGGAUCUAUAUCAGACUUUUUCAUCCAACAUUUUGCAUUACAAAAAAAUACUUAAUCGUUUAGCCACCCCAAGUUGUUCAUGACUAAUAGAAUGUUGGAUGAAAACAGUUGAUCGCUUAGCCGGGACCUCACAGUGACUUAAAAUUACUUUAAAAGCCAAUUCAGAACUCAGCGCAAAUUUGUGCGCUUCGAUUUUGCUCUGCUUCAUCACGUGAUUUGCUGACCAAUCGGAAGUUCAAUCUGACUCAUUCUCGUCCCCAGAGCCCGUCGUUUCUUGGUUACGUGGUCGGUUACAAAUUAAGCCGAGUGGCUCUGGGGACGAGAAUGAAUCUGACUCGGUCACAUUAUAGUCAUAUGCGUUUUUCCGCGCAUUUUUUUGGCUUCAUGCAUUUUUUUUCUUGUUUUGAUUUUUUGUAUUGUGUUGACUAGAGUAGACGCCCUGGCUCUGAUUUAAAGCUAAAAACAAGUUGACAUAAAAGGAAAAGGUUUUCCUGCGUUGUUGUUUUCAUUUCCAAUAAAUCCAGACCGAUGGUUUAUUUCAGAUAAAUCUAUUUAGCAAAGUUUUCGUUCGCGUUGCUGGGUGACCUAGGUUGAAAAAUUAAAGAGAUUAUCCGUGACUAUAAGAACCUGGUUUUCAAGAACCAGGUCGGCUAAAAUUUGCCAGCUAGGCCCCCUCUAUACAAGAACCUGUUCAGCCUAAAAUUUGAAACAGGGGUCAAUUUAAUAAAAGUUUUAUAAGUGUAAUUUACAAUCCGGUAGAGCUCUAUUGUUUUGGAGUCUAAAAACAAUAGAGUUAAGAGUCCCCACCCCCGGGAAUUUGCCAUCCGAGGCAAAAACAAUGCUAAUGCCCUAAUUAGAUUAAAUUUGUGCUAAUUAUCAUUUAUGUAAGAACCUGUUUAGGCUAACUUGGGAGAGUGCAGGUUCUUAGUCCAGGGUUUUUACUGUACUUCCCCUGUAGGUGGCAUUGGUGAGGCUGUGUUAGCUGCCGUAGCAGAGGAGAGUGGGGUGACUGUGCGCAUUUUGGCAGUGAAAGAAAUCCCUCGAAGUGGGCCUGGGGACGCUUUGCUGGAUCUAUUUGGAAUCAGUGCUAAUCACAUUGUCAAAGCUGUUAAAAACAUUUAAUGACCAUCUCAGGAAUGAAAUUUCCCUUCACUGUUACACUUGCAAUAUUCGAAAAACAUGAAAUAAUCCUUUUCCUUUUUUUGUUAAUCGGGGUCAAUGAUGUUUACCUCAGCUAAAAUUGCGGGGUUAUAAGUUCUAAGAACUGUCAGGCCAUUAAAGUAAUUUUGGAAAGCCAUAAUGAUCAGUGAGUGAGAUGCGUUUUCGUGUCAGCCUCGUUCUGAAAACGUGCCGGACCUGCAAAUGAAUAUAAGGGCAUUCUAUACCACAUUGAGGACAUAUACGGCAGCUUUCCCCUCCCCUCACAUCACGCGCUAGACCACCAAGUCUCGGGGUAAAAGCGAAACAAGUGCAGAGACCAUUUAAUCCCUUUCGUCGUUGGAAGUAAAGAUUCAUAUCAAAUGACUCGUACGGCCUCACGGGCAAUUUCUUUGAAAAAACAUAUGAAAAAAAUCUCCCGUAUGAGGGCCGUACGCAUCAACUGAUGGGGCCGGAAAAACUCAACGUUCAUAUGAUAAAAUGCUUAAGGAUGGUUUUCACUAGCGAC